CGAGCGUCAGGUCUUCCCAGUAUGAAAAUGCAAUGCAAGGGAUGAGUCAGGCUGCAGCCAUCUCCAGUGUGAAGUCUGUUCAGUCGGAAGGCAGUGGUCCAAAUGCAGCUUCUAAAGGAAGUGGUUGGAGACGACUCGUACCGGGUCAACAACAAAUACGACGACCACCACACUCCAUUUCCCGUCAAUGACAUAAUUUGGCGAUCUCAAGUUCUCAUUGGCCAGGAGGUGUCUUAUGACCUGUUGGGCAGUAACUGCGAGCACUUUGUCACCUUGUUGCGCCAAGGAAAGGGAGUGUCUGAGCAGGCCACACGGGUCAUUGGGGCCAUCACAUUGGUCACAGCUGCAGCAAGGGCCUUCUCUGUGCUUGGAGUGGUCAACACACGCUCCAGAAACCGACCCUUCUGAGGACCCUCAACAAUAGCAGUAUUGUCCUGUGCUACUGGUCGGUGAUUCAAACUUCCCCUCAGUCUUUUGUUUAAGAGGAUACCUCAUUUUUACCCAAUUUCAUAAAAAAUUAUGCAUUUAUCUAUUUUUAUCAUCCUUUGUAUUGAAGGCCAAGCAGACCAAAUACUGUAUAAGGUAGAGAUGUUACCUACAUUAAAAUUUAAAAUGUAUAUCUUGCUGGAGAUACACAUUUUGAGAUGUUGAAUGGAUUGGUUGGGUGAAAAUGAAAUGUAAAAUGUGACAAAGGAAUCAUUCAUAAAGAAAACUGAAACAUUA